AUGAGUGCCAACACUAUCCUGCUCGGCUCGGUCGAAUUCGAGGAGCUUCCCCUCCACCUCGAGGUCCAUCAAUCCAUGCAGGCUUUGAGACCUUCGGCUAUCGAGGAGGACGAAGAUGACGCACGAUCAUUGCUAUAUCUCUUUGACGAUAACGACUUUGAACGAGCGGCUGCUUUCUUGGCCAUCGAGGAGGCGCGUCGACAUGCCGAGGCUCAGGCUCACGCCGCAGCCGAGGCUUUCAUCGCAGCCGAACUUCAGCGACAAAGAACGCAAACGAUAGCGGAGCGUCUCAGAAGACUGUUGGACGAGGAUGACGAGCUUGUUGACAUGCUGGGAAGGCGAGUCCUCGCGACCAAUGGAUAUCAGAUACCUGACCUUUGGCAGCCGCAUCAUCAUCAUCAACAUUAUCACCGGCGUGACCCGAGGUAUUUGCACCGAAAUCUGCAAGCUGGGUCAAGUCAUGCUGAGCAGAGAACACGCUCUGCUCCAUUUGUCGAUGUUCACGCAGCAUGGGACGAUCUGGACCAGAAGUCAGGUCUUUCAGCACAUCCUCGAGCCAACCCCUUUAUUCAUACCGCUCCCCUCGUCUUGCGCGGACAUGCCCCUUACCAUCCGAGAUCUACCCAGCACAGCCAUGUUCAACCGCGCUUGUCGGCGGAUCCAACAGCCACUGGCCAAGCAUAUGCUACGCCGUCGACUCGCACCAGCAUUGCUAUUCACCCACUUACGGGUGUGCCCAUGUUGCUGGUUGAGGAACAAGAUGAAGCUGACGAGCCUUCCUCAGACAACAAACCCACCACUACCACAUACGACAACGACGCCGAAGCCGAGCUUGACGAAGGGCCCAUCGACGACGAAUCUGACAUCGACUGGCUCGGUCGGGAACUCUUGCAUCGACGAGGUGGUGCCAACGUCUGGGUUCUCUCAGCUGACAAUGGCCUCGAUUCGGUCGAGCCUGCUUCCUCGACAUCCGCAGCUGGGCCAACUUCGUCGCAGACCGCCAGCAGAGCAACUUCCAUGGCAGUCCCGUCGAAACAAUCUGGAACUGCGCUUCCGACGUUGCCGAGCGAAAUCGAAGAAGUCGAUAGCGAUCAUGAACCUACACACGACUUCGACCAGGCAGCACGGGAGCCUCCGGCUCUCAGCAAUUCAUCUCAACGUGUUGCGGCCGCACUGGCACAAGCCGCCUUGCGCAACGCCGGCAGUGAGACGCAACCUUCAUUGUCGCCGUCAAAAGCUGGACAGACUAGAAGACAACGUGCUGCCACCGUCAUGUCUGAGUCCGAAGAGGAAGAGCUCGAGACUGUCGGAAUACCCGUGGUGGACGACGAAGAGGAGAAAGGGAAGGAUGAGGCACCUCGUCUUGAUGGACGGCCGCGGAAGACCGUCAAGGUGGUCGAUCUGCGCUAG